AGACCCGCCUUUUCCCUCCGGCUCGGGAGCGUCUCGCCCCGGUCCCGAGCCCGCCGCGCUCGCGCGGCUGCGAGCCUCGGGUGGCCGCGCGCCGGCUCCAGGAAGCCGGGGAGGGCGCGGCGGCCGGGAUGGCGCGGCGCGGGCCGCGCGGCUAGACGGGCGCCGGAGGAGCCGCCGGCCCGCGCCCUCCAUUCUCUUCUUCCCGGAGCCGACGCCGCGCGGGCCGGGAGCGGCCGUGCGGCGGGGAGCCGCCUUCCCUGACGCCGGGCACCUGGACGCUCGCGAGAUGCCCAACCCCAAAAACAGCAAAGGCGGCCGCAAAAACAAGCGCGCCAACAGCAGCGGGGACGAGCAGGAAAAUGGAGCCGGGGCCCUGGCAGCGGCGGGCGCGGCGGGCGCGGCAGCCGGGGGGGGCCUGGCGGCGGCGGCCGGCUGCGGAGCGGCGGCGGCGGGCGCGCCCGGCACCGGGGGCGCGGCGGGCACCGGAGGCGCGGGGACUGGCGCCGCCAACGCCGCGGCCGCCUCGGGGGCUGCAGCCGCGGGCGACGCCAAGAACGAAGCCCCCUGUGCCACGCCCCUGAUCUGCAGCUUCGGCAGGCCGGUGGACCUGGACAAGGACGACUACCAGAAGGUGCUGUGCAACAACGAGCACUGCCCCUGCAGCACCUGGAUGCACCUGCAGUGCUUCUACGAGUGGGAGAGCAGCAUCCUCGUGCAGUUCAACUGCAUCGGCCGGGCCCGCAGCUGGAACGAGAAGCAGUGCCGCCAGAACAUGUGGACAAAGAAGGGCUACGACCUGGCUUUCCGCUUCUGCUCCUGCCGCUGCGGGCAGGGCCACUUAAAGAAGGACACAGACUGGUACCAGGUGAAGCGGAUGCAGGAUGAGAAAAAGAAGAAGUCUGGGUCGGAUAAGAACACAGGGAGGCCCCCGGGCGAAGCAGGGGACGAGGCCAAAAAGUGCAGGCCGCCCAGCAAGCCCCAGAAGGGCCUGAGCCAUGACCUCCCGCGGCGGCACUCCAUGGACCGGCAGAACUCCCAGGAGAAGGCGGUGGGCGCGGCGGCCUAUGGGGCCCGCUCUCCCGGCGGCUCCCCGGGCCAGUCCCCGCCCACCGGCUACUCCAUCCUCUCCCCCGCCCACUUCAGCGGCCCCCGCUCCUCCAGGUACCUCGGGGAAUUCUUAAAGAACGCCAUCCAUCUGGAGCCGCACAAAAAGGCCAUGGCCGGGGGCCACGUGUUCCGGAACACGCACUUCGAGUACAGUCCGGCUGGCUUAUCCGUGCACCGGGGCGGCCACUUCGACGCGCCCGUGCAGUUCCUGCGGCGGCUGGACCUGUCCGAGCUGCUCACUCACAUCCCCAGGCAUAAACUGAACACUUUCCACGUGCGGAUGGAAGACGACGCCCAGAUGGGCCAGGGCGAGGACCUGCGGAAGUUCAUCCUGGCGGCCCUCAGCGCCAGCCACAGGAACGUCGUCAACUGCGCUCUGUGCCACAGGGCGCUCCCGGUGUUCGAACAGUUCCCUCUGGUGGACGGAACUCUGUUCUUGAGCCCGUCGAGACACGAUGAGAUCGAGUAUGACGUUCCGUGUCAUCUUCAAGGGAGGCUCAUGCACCUGUACGCCGUGUGUGUGGACUGCCUGGAGGGGGUUCACAAGAUCAUCUGCAUCAAGUGUAAGUCGCGGUGGGACGGCAGCUGGCACCAGCUGGGUACCAUGUACACCUACGACAUCCUGGCCGCCUCUCCUUGCUGUCAGGCCCGCCUGAACUGUAAGCACUGCGGGAAGCCUGUGAUAGACGUGCGCAUCGGGAUGCAGUACUUCUCCGAGUACAGCAAUGUCCAGCAGUGUCCGCACUGUGGGAACCUGGACUACCAUUUCGUGAAGCCAUUUUCCUCCUUCAAAGUUCUCGAAGCUUAUUGAUGAAAGCUUUGCUUUAGUAAUAGCUAUUUUAUUGACAUUAUUUCUUUAUGACAUAUCUUUUAUAGGGAAACAUCUGUGACGUUACUUUCUUUUCUAAUUUAAAGGAGAGUUCCUUUGUGUACAUGUGUCACUGACACGGGGUUGGCCCCUGGCCCUCUCUUGAGUCCUGAGUGUUAGUCUGUGGUCAUGGCCAGAGCCCAGAUGGAUAACCCUGUGAGUCUGGGCCAGUAUCUCUCUCAUGCAGCUUUGAAGGUGGGGGGGGAGAUAGGGUGAAAUUAGCAAAGGGAUCAGCUGGUUAUAAACGACAAGCAUGGUAGGAGUUGGAAGGAAACUCUCGUUAAGAUGUUAACUGUCUCAAGACCCACUUUUAGAUCUUCCCUGGCCUUGGGAAAAACACGUGAUGUGUGACUGUAAGCCUGCACCUGGAGAGCUGAUAGUGGGCUACUCUGUCUUGGUUUAGUGAUGUGCAGCGCGCACUGGCCUGCAGACUAUUUGAAAGUAGACACGAGUGCUCUUUCUAUCACUGUUGUGAUUUAGCAGUUUUCCUACUGAAAAUUAUAUCCAAAUUGUAAGACCUAUGAAAACUAAUGGUGUUGCAGAGAUUUGUGGGUAAGCCAACCUGUAGUGGAGAGACAAUGCUAAAUGAAUUUGGAAGCGAUACCCAGUGACUCUAAGACGGCAAGAACAGGCAGAAAGAACCUUGUCAUUUGAAUUGUGUCUUUGAGGUUGGUCAGAUGAGCUCUGAAGGAGAAUGCAUGAAUAACGUGAUCCGGGUGGUGCCGAUUUAUGUAGGCUGCACUGUCGAAGUGUCAUUGAAUGUCAGAUCCUUCUUACAGGUAAAUCUCACAGCCGUAGACCCUUACUGGUGAAUUUCGGAGCCACCAUUAUUACCAUGCUCUGCCUUCCACAAAAUUUUUAUGGCCACAUUUUACCCAUUUAAUGCUGAGUUUCCUAAAUCAUAGGUUUGACCCUAGGAAGGAAAGGGAAAAAAUUGCUUUUGGGGAUUUGAGGAAAAAUAAUGGUAAUAUUUCUUUUUAAAAUGUGUUUCGUUUUUCAGAACAUUAUGUGUUGUAAUGUAAAACAGUAUGCUUGAGAAGAGGUCAUUCUGAAGCCCUCCAUGGUAGUACUUCACCAUCAGUGAAAAAAGAUGAUAAUUUGUGUGCCUCGAUUAGUCAGAGCAUUGGGCUUUCCUAAAUACAGACUUGAUGAUUUAAACAGACUGACACCUCAUACCCAUAUAGAAUUGUAAUUGGAGUCUGAUUUCUCAAAAAUGGAUUUGGUAGUUUCAAGUACUACACGUAUGCUAAUAAAAUGCUAAGAAUACAAUCGUUUCAUGGGUAACCAAAUUGGGGUUAUGUGAACAUUUUGUAUUAUUCAUUUGGUUUAUACCUUUUUUCCCCCUCUCAGAAAGACAGCGUUUUCCCUCUCAGAAUUGUUUAGCUAUUAUUGCAAACAAGUUUCAGUUCUGCUGUGUGACAUAUUUGAUGUUUUGUUUGAAAUAACAGAGCAUUAAAGAACCAGUAUAUUGACUAAUGUCCUUAUCUUUCAGUUUGGAUGAUUGUAAUUCGGUUUACUGCAUCUGGUUUACUGUUUGAUGAUCUGAGAAAUAUUUCACAGUAGGGGGAAAUGAAAUGCUCAAUGCCUUUAAGAAGCGGCAAAUCGGUAUUGGUCUGAUGGUACUUGAUGCGACUGUAAAAGGACUAUAAGACAUAGCCCUUGCAAAUUUGUCUUUAAUACACAGAGCUGUAAUUGUGAAUUAACUGGUUCCCCGUUGAUUCUCUCAUGUAUCCAAGUAAAAAAAUUGGUUUCUCUUGUCCUAAGAGUAGCAUUUGGAUUUCAGUUCUGAAUUUAAAACAAAUAGUAAAAUACAUGUUGGUAAUGCUAUUUUUUAAUCCACCUAAAAUUUUGUAGAGAAACCUGCUUACAUCGUUGUUCUGGAUCUUAAAACUUCCACAUUUACACAUUCACAAGGUCCUUGGGCUGAAACUACUGUGAGUGUAGUGUCUGAUGUAUUCAGUGUUUUCGCCUUAUAUUUGUUUUCUACUCUCUGAAAAAUAGGAUGGGGAGUUUUCCCUGUAAUUAGAUGCAAUUUGCUUUUGGUCCUUAUUUGGAUGACAAAGUUAGGAUUCUGUGGCUGCUGCAGAUAUAUAAAAGUCGAGGCACAGGUCUCAUCUGAGAGUAUCUUUUGCUUUGAAGUCAUCACGUUCUCCUCCAAAGUAGAGAAUCUGGCUUAUUUGAGAAUAAAAUAUAAUUGAGUUUGCAACAAUGUGGAGAGUAAAUCUCAUUUUGGAGAUCUGCUGACCUUGGUACUUUUGCCACACUUUCUCAAAGUACUUUGCUCUGAAUUCCUUGGUGGAAGUUGGAGUAUGUCAAAAAAGAGGACUAUUUUUGUUGUAGUUUGGAUGUUAAAGGAUAUUAGUCACACCACAGAUCCAUUUUCUUUUUUUCUGAUACACGUAGCGCUCAGUAAAAUGAACCACUUCCACUGAUUAGUAAUUUCAAAGUGAUUUUUCGUCUGUGCUCACUUUUGUUUUUGUCAUUUAGUUUAAGUGUUCUAUACUUGGAACAAAUAACAUUUUAACUGCUUCAUUCUAGUGAGAAACUCUUUCUGAUGGUUUUAUUACUUCCUCUUCAGGCUGACUCAGUUGUCCACUCUCUUCUGGUUGCAUCUGAAAGCAAGUAAUAGAUAAUACUGAGUUUAUCAGCUCCUUGAUUAAAAACUAGACCUUGGCCAUGCCAUUGCGGAGUGGGAUAAAUUAUUCCACUCUGAGAAAGAGCACUCCCUGGGCUUUGCUUUCCCGUUUUUGCAAAAGAAGCUUAUUUUCAGAGUAAAAAGUAUUUUCAUAUCUGUUUGGGGGGAAAUGGACUCAUCUUAAGGAAGAAUAUUAUUUGGUGUUGAAAUACUAGAACUAACAGAUAGGCUGAUGCAUAACUUCUCAGACCGUGAGACCUGACUUGCUGCAGUCUUAUGUCUUGUCCCAUAAGACCCAACGCUUCAUGUACAGCCUGUCCUGCUUUCCCGGGUCAGGACCUCCACGUGGCUCUCCCCUCUGGUCUCCUGGUUGCAGCGCUAGAGCAAUUUUGGUCGGAGGUUUGGGGAGGACUUGAGGAGUAAGCGCCCCUGUUCAGUGUUUUUGUUCCUUUCAUAGGAUGCUGCCUAACCCAGCUCAUCUCUGUGUCCUGUUGACUUUGUUAUUAUUCCAGGUUAAUUGAAAGGAAGAAUCACGGAUGGGCAUCAUUAAAACCAGCUCAAAAAUAUAUUCUCGUCAGUAAACACUUCUUGUCAAGAUGUCUUGGAUUGCACUUUUGUUGAGGGAAGAAGGUGUAAAUAGUUCGAGAAUGUUGAUAAACCUGAAACAUUUGGUUAUGGAAUCGUGUGUGGUGUUUGAAGGUUUCUGUUUGUGACAUGUAUGUAUUAAAAACAAUAAAAUUUCAGAAACUAACAUUGUA